AAGAAAAGUAUUUUGGAGUGUUCACGUGUGUUAGUGAUAACACUGAAAUAACCCAAGAUUUCAACACAUUUGUUGUUUAAUUUCGAAAGUAGCAAGUGUCUAACGUCCACGAUGCAUCUGGUCACUGACAUUCUUUGCGCCCUUCUGUGCCUCAAUUAUUUACUCCCCGUGUGGUCCACAUCUCUGUCAAUGUCACGUGCGGGAGAUCUUACCACAGCUUUUCGUCUAGGGGACCAUAAUAUAAGGACUGGCUCCUGUAUAUAUGCCUAUAUCAAUACAACUUAUAAUAUGAGUGAUGGGGUGAUGCAUUCUGAUAACACAGAGUCUGGAAAAUACGGUGAAUCUUAUGUGGGUCCGGCGUCCGGAGUUCUGAUACACGUUAGGUCGAAGAGAACAGGAGAACCCACUGCUUGCACUUGGCCCUUGAUGACUUAUAGUACUCACGACCACAAGCUGCCCGUAUCUGAGCCGUGGAUUGCCCUUAUCAAGCGAGGUCAAUGCGAGUUCGCUGUGAAAGUGUUGAAUGCUAUACUUAGCAAUGCGUCUGCUGUGCUUAUAUACAAUGACAAAGAGACUCAUAUUCUCGACAAAAUGAGCAUUCCACCUGAACUCAGGAACAUCAGUGCAGUGUUGACGUUUAAGAAGAAAGGCGAAACUUUGGCGGAUCUUGUGGAUGGAGCGACCAGGGUGAUGACAUAUAUGACUGUCGGGAAUCCUUGCCCCAAGGAGAGCAACAAAAUGAAUAGGCUGCGUCCAUUCGUCUCAGGGUCGCUGUGGUUUGUCUCACCUCCUGAAAAUGUUUACAAAGAAAAUAGAAGUUUGGAGGUGCCAGAUGUCGAUCUUGUUGGAAGGGGGACCUCUGUACUCUUCGUCUCCAUUUCCUUCAUUGUGCUGAUGAUAAUAUCCUUGGCAUGGCUUGCUUUCUAUUACGUCCAGAGGUUUCGGUAUGUUCACGCAAAGGACAGACUGUCUAGGCGGUUAUGCAGUGCUGCCAAGAAGGCAUUGUCAAAAAUUCCAACAAAGAACAUAAAGUCUGAAGAUAAGGAAAUUCAAGGUGAUGGUGAAUGCUGUGCUGUAUGCAUUGAACCAUACAAGAUCUCUGAUGUACUUCGUAUCUUGCCAUGCAGACAUGAAUUUCACAAAUUCUGUAUUGAUCCAUGGUUGCUGGAACAUAGAACUUGUCCUAUGUGUAAAAUGGACAUUCUUAAACACUAUGGAUUUGUUUUUACUGGUAGCCAGGAGAGUAUUCUGCACAUGGACAUUGAAGAUGCAGGAACUCUAGGAUCUGGUGUAAAUAAUGACACUGACAGGCUACAACGGAGAAAUCUCAGUCCUGUAUUACAGAUCCGACCCAUGGAACAUCAGAUAUCAGGCUCUGCUUCCCCUGAUGUUCAGAGCCGUAGCAGCCGCGCAUCAUCUCCUGAUGAGCUGACACCAACGUUGUGUUCAGAUAGGUGUUACAUGGGUGCCACAUCUCAUCCAGGGGAAUCUCCUAGCCUGAUGGAUACAUCAACACAGUAUAGUACAGCAAUUGCAGGUGCUCAUCACAAAUUGGAGAAAUUCAGCAAUUGCACGCUGGGAGCCCCUGUCCCAGAAUCAGAAAACACCAUUAAUAACAAGUGUGACAUACCCUACAAGUGUGACUAUGAACUCAGGCAAAUGCCCAGUUGUGAUAUACAGGAUUGUGAGAGUCUGGGUGUAAGCAUGAACACUGGCCCAUCUUAUGAGAAGACAGAACAGGUUAGCAAAGCAGCUACAGGGGAAUGAAGGACAAAUAUGAAGAAACUUCAGGUAACAUCAGUAAUGUUCAUCAUAUACUGCUGUCAAGAGUUAAAGGUCAUGUGUUAAAAGCUAACCUCUGCAUACAUCUUUGUGGCUGGCUAUUUUAAUAUCUUGACAUAAAUAUUUCCUCUUAUCCUAGUCUUACGGAUGCAACAAGCGUACUUAAUGUAAAACUGUAAUGGAGCAUUUUGCUGAAUGGAGAUACUAUUGAGACUAUAUUAUCAUUUUUCAUAAUUAGGCACUUUGUCAUCCACAGGAAAUAUCUUGAUAAUGCUAAAAUGUUAUGAAAAAGGACUGUAUGUUUAUAGAAUGAAAUUGUAAUCUGCAGAUCAUAUUGACCUUGCAGUCUUAAGGUGUCUUCAACGGUUUGAACUCUGGGAUCAUGAGUUUGAAUCCUACUUGGAGCAUGGAUGUGUGCCUGGAUGCUUUUCUGUGUUUGUGCUGCCUGUACAGCUAGGGGCUUGUGCUGGACCUGUCCCCUCUCCAAGGAGUUGUUCCAAGACGUUUUAACAGAUUGAUACUUUCAGAAAUUAACUCUGAAAUGAAACAGGCCAGAGGGCCUAUUCUGGAAAGCUGAAGAAGAAGAUGAAGAAGAAAUUAAGAAUUUAAUAAGAAAAUCAUACAAGCAAAUACUAUAAAAUAUUGAAGCAUGGCAUACUGCAGUAGAUGUUUGGCAUGGCAAUUUUUAACUGCAACAAAUUUUACUUCUUCCAGUAUUUUGUAGAAGUCAAAGGAAAUAAUGACUUCCCUAAACUGUGGUGUAUUAUCACAUUUUUCAGAAUAAGACAGACAGCAAACAUUUGUUAAGAGGUGUCUGCAUCGUUAAUCUUGUUCAGUCUAUAAGCUAUAAAAUAACUAAAAUUUCUGACAGAACAAUACAGCUAUUAUCUAUGACAUAAAGUAAGAUAAUGUACUAGGCUGACAUUAAUGUGACAGAAACAAGUAUACAUCCAUAUGUUGACCUCUUGACAUCAGUGCCAGUCAUGUUUUGCUAUAUCCAGUUGCAGAAUAUAUGGUAUAUUGUUAGUGAUGACAAUAGUCCACUGUAUGUGUUUCUCUUCAAUGAAGAACUCCAUUUUAAUGUUUUAUGAAGCUGUGUUACUCAUGAUUGUGCCAUGAAGUGAAGAUCCUUAUCCAAGUUUAAUUAUUCCUCCUCUACUGUAUACAGAAUGGGACAGAAAAUAUAGACUGUGUUACUUGUGAAGAAAUCUUCUUUUGUUUGAUGAAGGAACAUAAAUUUAAACAUUACUAUGUAAUAUAAUCAUCAGGGGAUAGGAAAUCUUCUGUUCUGGCUUUCGCUUCCCAUCUCAUUCUUGUCCAGCAAAUAGCUAUUCUCAGUGUACAAUGGAUGGCCUGUUUUGGUUUUCUCAUAUAAUUCUUGUGUGUAUAUGUUAUAACUACCAGGCUCUAUAUUCUGUAAUUUUGUCUUCUGUGUAAUAUGUUUCUAAUUCUCUCUGUAGUGCGUAAUACUUGAUUUCUGUCCAUUCUUAUGGAUCCCCUGACUCAUUUAAACAAUUUCAUUCCUGUGGACUGAAUCUUUAUUGUGUCUUUCUUCUUUACUUUCUGCAUUUCACUCCCAUGUAUUGAUACUGGAUAUAUAUGGUACAAAGAUUGGAAAUUAAAUGUGAUGCAUAUCCUGACAGUGUAAUGAAUGUCUCUAUGUGUAAGUCUCUUGCCAUAGAUUUGCAUCGGUAUAGAAAUUUGGUUGGCAGUCAAGAUGGAUGCUUCACUGAUAGAGCAUCAUGUCACAUGGGCUGCACCUUAGCUGAAAAUGUUAGUCACUGUAUUCCCACCACGGUAGCCUGGGUUUGAUUUCAGAGCAGGUCAUGUGUGAUGUGUGGUGAACAAAGUGGCAUUAUGGCAGGUUUUCUCCAAGUACUUUGGUUUCUGCUGCCAAUUCUCAUUCCACCAGCUGCUUGAUAUUCAUUUAUCAUCCUAUCAUCAAUGCCAUAUAGCCCUGAUACUGACAGAAUCAUUCAAUAACAGACAUAAAAUAAUCAUGUUACAUGUCACAACAAAUUUGGUUAUUUCAGCAUGAUGGUGCUACACCACAUACUUAAAAAAAUAACCAUGACAAAGCUGUGUGAAAUGUUUGCAUCUCAAGAAGAUGGCAGUCUUCUGGGAUGUGAUGCCAUAUAGGCCAGUAGACAAGGAUCAGCAUUUAGGAAGAAUCUACUGCUUUCAUCUUCAAAGUAGAAGAGUGAUAUAUCCUGAAGAUGGAGGCAGCAGGUUCUUCUGAGACACUGAUAUCUACAAAACUACAGAGUGUCACAUCCCAGAAGACCAUAAUAUUCACUGCUGUGAGAAGCUGGAGUCAGAUAUAUGAUCUCAUGGUCUAGUCUUUUAAAUAGGUUGCCAAAACUCCUCAGUUUAUCUUCUCUACUUGUCUUUAUGGGAGUGCAUUAAGAGUUAUGUAUCCCUCCAAUUCAGAUGACCUUGAGGCCAGAAUCAAGAUAAGAUAUUCAGGCCUUACUGGAAGAAUUGUUAUAGUGCUGAUAGAUGAUUUUACUAAGCACAACCAAGAGUUCAUUACUGUGGAAAAGGGCCAGUGACUGCACGAUAUUUUUUCAGAAGAUAACAGUAUGUGCAUCGUACUUAAUUUUUAAGUUUCAUAUUAUGUGAUAAUGUACAAAUUUAUGUUCCUGUACUGGCCAAAAAAAAUGCAUUCAUGCUUCACUCACUACAUUAAAAAUGGAAAAGAUACUGAUAUUAUUCAACUUUAAAGAGGUAUAAGUUAAAAUUAUUCCAGUUUCACCAGUAACAAUAUAUAAAGAAGCAAGGGAUAAUAAUGUGUUGCAAUAUCAUAACCAAGGCAGAUGAAACUGUUAAUUAAGCAUUUGGUGCCCAAUUCUUUUAUGCAAAAAGUGUAACAGAUGUUAUAACCAUGCUGUGACUUUGAAAUGGAGAUUUUGUGAGAUGCAUUGGGCAAGUUCUGAAACUCUGCAGAGGAAUGUUGUGUCAUAAUAUAAUCUGAAAAGAAUGUUAUCAAAAAAAUUGCAAGCAUCCAAUCUUCGUGAAAUGUAGACACUGUUUAAUACACAACUAUUUAGCUUAACUGAAACAAUGCAUUUUCCUACUGUAUCUGAAGAUCAAUUUUAAUAAUUAAAAUUAUUAUUAAUAGUAUUAUGAAAUAUAUUUUGUCAAAAAGCAACUAUGUACCAUAUGUAUGGAUAUGUUCAGGUGUAAGAAAUUUAAAAAGCCUUCACAUGAUACAUGGAAGACACAUUUAAAUAAAGGGUACCUUGUAGUCAUGAUAUCACUGGAAAAAACAACCAUAUAUCAGCCAGAAUCUUGAUUUACUUGAUUGUCACACAAAGUAAUGUCUUAUAUACAGAUAAAAUUAGGAAUUGUAGUAAGUAAAAAGUAAAGCUGCCCCUGUACCAGGCUGUGAAGAUCCAUAGGGUUGUGAGACGUUGAGGGUACCACAUUAUCUAGACAAUCGGUUGUUAAUUGUCAGGAACUGUAGUAGAAAACACAUAUAUCAUUCAGUUCACAUUCAGAAUAAAAAUUACCCAUUGUAAUUGAUGUUCUAAUACAUGGACAAAAUUGGAUGUCAGGAGCUUUCAUGCAAUUUAUUUUCUUCUUGAAGAUUUAAUUAAUGUAAAACUGUACUUAUAAAUGGUUCACAACUAUUUAUAUAUUCAAUUCUUUAAAGAACAGAAUAAAUCUAAAUGAUGUUAUUGAAAGAAUAAGACAUUCAGAUUCAGCAUUGGCUGCCUAGCCAAAUCAGAACUUACAAAUUCGGCUUUGCAGUAUUUCUUCAAUUUAGUUCUCACAACUGUAAAAUAUGGAUUUAAACCAAUAAUACCUUAAAGUAUAUUAUCUAUUAUCACAUUUAGAAAUUCUUUGAAACAACUUUCUAUAUUGUAAAGUCCCACUGGUUCUGACAUCUAUAGUACUGGCAGCUUCUCAUGCCUCAGAGCAAUCUAUUGCCUUUAUCUUUCGUACUGUACCACCUAGAAGACUCUCGCUGUACACAGACACUAUGAAUUUCCAUUUCUUAUGACUUAACUUUUACCUAAAAAAAUCAAUAAAAAGAUGAUAUUUCAACUUCAGAAAAGCCAUCUAAUAGAAGAAUUUUAUCAACAGAACCUUCCUGUUUCAAUAAUAACUAAACAAAAAUACUUAUAAUAAUAUAUUUAUUCUUUAUAAAAGCAUUUUCUUUAUAAUUAAAGGCAAACAAACUGUGGAGUUGUGAAGAUACACUUAUGUUUCAAAUACUUUGUGAAUACCACCUAAUGUUUUGUACUAUGUGAUGAUUAAAUGCAGCAGAAUGUUGAAAUACAACAUUACUUUAUGAAUGCACUAACUGGAUUUAAAUCUUAAUGCUUUCAAUCACGAAAUCUGUCAUGCCUAUACUCAGGAAAAAAAAGAAGAAGAGAUUUUUAUAACUGUUACAAUAUCAGUAUGUAGGACUUCCAUAUGCUCCAAAAUAAAAUGCAUGGGUGAAAAUACA